CUCUGGUGUGGCUUGUGGAAAACGAUUUCGUUUUAUAAUUUAAUUAAAAGUCCUUGUCUUGCUUCAUCAAAAUAUACGCAAAGUUGUCGCGGAUACUGUACAUCUAUCAACCUUGGGCUAUGAAUGGCGCGCUUUUACCAUAGCUGUGGCGAUUGAGCAUAUCAGCGGACGUAAAAUUCGCUUCUUGUUUCUCCUAAAAAUAUGGCUCAUCCACUCGAUUAUCUGUUCAGUGAAAGUGGUGCCGUGGAAGACGAAAACGAUGGGGUGAUUCCGUCCGAAGAAGAACUUCCGGAAGGGGACGGAGAAGCUGACAACGACGACGAAGCUGGUGGCCCAUCCAAACCAGUGCAGGUGGAGGUAAAGAAAAAAACCACCAAACAUCCCCGUAACAUGCUGAACGAAGCUAAACUGUGUGGCCCCCGUGGAAUAAUCGCCCUGAAAGACCAUUUCAAAGAUUUUAAAUUCCACGGCAAAGGCCACGAAGCGUCCGAUCUGAACAGACUGAUGCGCCACUACGAACACUGGGCACAUCGGCUGUAUCCGAAAUUUCACUUCGACGAUUGCAUGGCCAAGAUUGAGAAGCUAGGUCACAAAAAGCAGGUGCAGAUGUACAUGAACAAAUACCGAACGGGGCUGUUGCAGCAGGAGCUGGACGAGGCGGCCGCCGUACAUAGUGAGGACGAGCUGGAUGACAAUCAAAUGAACCAACCGCUCGAUCCGUUGGACAGCAUGCUAGAGGAGCAGAUUGCUCGAUCACGGGGUCGAACAUCGGUUGGAAACACAUCCGGCAUUGAUAACAUCUUGGAAGACACCAGGUUUGAUGCGCUUAGACAAGAUAAAGUGAACUAUCAGCCCACAGACAAUGGUGAUAUCCAUGCGAAUGCUUUGAAAGACACUCAACAGACGGCCAAAUCACCUUCAAUCAACGAUGAAAUUCGUGCGAAAAUAGAAGCAAACCGAUUGAGGGCACUAGAGCUACGAAAAGCUCGCAUGCUAUCCCAAUCGCAGAACACUAACGAAAUGGAAAACACAGAAAAUGAAACCUCCUCUUUGGCGCCCGAAUAGUGAAGAAAUUCU